AUGAAAGCAUCAUUGUUAGUUUGUGUCAUCCUGGUGGCGGUAUUCUUUCUGAACGUUUCCGGGAGCAACAGCAGCACUACGUCCUCCGACGCAGGGUUCGACUAUCCAGUUAGUAAUAUCCUGAUACGCUCUAAAUCAAGAUCUCGCAGAAUUUGCCGGCGGAAUGUCCAGAAAAGUUGCACCUCCACCACGAAGACCUGUGCUCGCUUGGGAAAGGCUAAUAUCUGUCAGGCGUUCCAGAAUGACUGCACGCGGCAACUGAGCAACUGCGACGGCAAAAAAUUCUAUCGCAAAGUGGAGCUCAAUCUCUGCCGUGGCCUGCCCCUCGAUACUGUUCGUCCCUGCGGAAGUGGUUAA